CGGCCGGCAUUCGGGAGACGCGCGGUCACGUGGCGGAGAAAGCGCACCAAUGGCGGGCCGCUCACGGCGCGACUGAGCCCGGCGGGAAGCAGCGAAUGGCGUUCCCGCGUACGGUUCCCCGAAAAGCAAGGCUUGCAGCGAGCGACGGGCGGUUCGAGAAGGGAAACGGGCAUUCCUCUCCGAGUACGUUGCUGGAAGCACUGCCAUCAUGCCACCCCAACCUUCGGGCAAAGCGGUCAAGAAGGCCGGCAAGGCGCAGAAGAACGUCCGUGCCACGGACAAGAAGAAGAAGAAGCGCAGGAGGAAGGAGAGCUUCAGCAUCUACAUCUACAAAGUCCUGAAGCAGGUACAUCCCGACACGGGCGUUUCCAGCAAGGCCAUGUCCAUCAUGAACAGCUUCGUGAACGACAUCUUCGAGCGCAUCGCUGCCGAGUCCUCGCGCCUGGCGCACUACAACAAGCGGUCGACCAUCACCAGUAGGGAGAUACAGACCGCCGUGCGCCUGCUGCUGCCCGGCGAGCUGGCCAAGCACGCCGUGUCCGAAGGUACCAAGGCCGUCACCAAGUACACGAGCUCCAAGUAAGCUGCGGUUCGACCACCACCCAGAACAACCAAAGGCCCUUUUCAGGGCCACCCCAAAUGCUUUCCGCAGGGGCGGAGCGUU